AUGGCAGAGAAAACUCAGAAGAGUGUGAAGAUUGCUCUUGGAGCAGUUGUAUGUGUAGAAAGUGAAAUCAGAGAUGUAAUUAUCAGACCUAGGACAGUGAUCCACCUGAAAGCACAAAUUAUUGCAGAAUCCGGGCCAAUAGUGAUUGGUGAAGGUAACCUAACAGAAGAACAGGCCUUUAUCAUAAAUGCUCACCUGGAUAAUAUCACUCCUGACGUUGAAGAUCCAGAACCCAAACGUAUGAUCAUUGGUACCAAUAAUGUGUUUGAAGUUGGCUGUUAUUCCCAAGCCAUGAAAAUAGGAGGUAAUAAUGUCAUUGAAUCCAAAGCAAAUGUAGGCAGAAAUGUAGUAUUGACAAGUGGCUGUAUCAUUGGGGAUUGCUGCAGCCUGAAUACUUUUGAAAUCAUCCCCGAGAACACGGUAGUCUAUGGCACAGACUGCCUUUGUCAGGAGCAGACUGAGCGACAACAGCCCCAGACAAUACAGCUGAAUAUCUUGAUGAAAAUCUUGCCAAAUUAUCACCACCUAAAGAAGUCUAUGAAAGGAAGCUCAACCCCAGUUAAGAACUAA